UGUGUUUUCCAAUACAUUUCCUUUUCUUUCCAUUUUAUAUAUUUUUAUUUAAUUCGCUUAAAUUUUCGCGUAUGUACUUGCCAUUCCACAUCCACAUCCAUGGCACUAGAAGGUAUUUGCGGCGUCAAUCGAUGGCCCUUCAUGCGCCGCUUCGAUCAUCUCCAGAGCGAGUGGCAAAUGGAGCAGCUGCGCGAUGCCACCAGCAACUUUGAGAAUCCCUAUGCCCUGAUGGCACCACCCUUCGAAAAUCCAGCGGUGAAUCUAUGCAAAAUUGUGGACCAUUGUGGGAUCAAAAUGGACUUUGCCCAUGGCACAACCACUCUGGGAUUCAAGUACCAGGGCGGAGUGGUGCUCUGCGCGGACUCGAGGGCCACUUCGGGACAGUACAUCGGAUCGCAGACGAUGAAGAAGAUCGUCGAGCUGAACGAUUACAUGCUGGGCACACUGGCCGGUGGAGCUGCCGACUGUGUCUACUGGGAUCGAGUGCUCGCUCGGGAUUGCCGGCUGCACGAGCUGCGCUUCAAGCGUCGCAUGUCCGUGGACGCGGCGGCGCGGAUGAUCGUCAACAUUUCCGCCGAAUACAAGGGCAUGGGCCUGGUCAUGGGCAUGAUGCUGGCCGGCUACGACGACGAGGGACCGAAGCUCAUCUACGUGGACUCGGAAGGGGUGCGCUGCCACGGCAAUGUCUUCUCGGUGGGCAGCGGCUCGCCCUAUGCCCUGGGCGUCCUCGACACGGGUCACCGCUACAUAAUGACCGAUCAGGAGGCCUUCGAUCUGGCCAGGCGUGCCAUCUACCAUGCCACCAGCAAGGACGCCUACUCGGGUGGGAUUGUCCGGCUGUACCACAUCAAUGCCCAGGGCUGGCGGAACAUCUCCAACACGGACUGCUCGGAGCUGCACGAUGCCUACUGUAAGGACGAUCACUCGGGCGGAAGUGCUGGCAAUUCGGGUUGCUGUCCCGACGAUAUUCCCUGUUCGAGUGGCGUCCAGCGGCAGAAGGAGCUGCCGGAGAACGAGGUCCUGGCGCAGGUGGCAGCCGUCACCCAAGAGGGAACCUAGUGCAUAAUUUUCCUGUGUGUGUGUUUGAGAGCAUUUUGUAUAUUCUUGAUUCUGGCUACGUGA